CUUACAGAAGUGCAGACUAGAAGGAGCUGUCUGCUGUCGCCGCCGCCGCUGCUGCUGCUGUGCAAUUCUUUGUCUGCUUAGGCGUCUUAGUUGCUUUAGUUUUGCCCAACAUUGAGUAAAGCCAGGUGGAUCAGACUAAGCAACAUGUGGACUGCACGUCCACAGAAAGAGCAGGUGUGCCCUGCUCCAGGGUCUGACUGCUAAGCAUGAGGAGUAAGGCUCAGACUGCUACCAGUAACCUCAACCUGGUGAACUCUGUAGAUUCUGACAGCAGAGCGGCUCAAGACAUACACGACGGUAUUAAGAUGGCAGAUCUGGUGGAAAGCCUGGAUACCCGAGAGCUGGACAUAGGGGAGGGAGAAGAUGUGGAUUAUGAUGGAAACAACAUAGGGGACUGUCGUAUCCCAUUUUCAGCAGUGUAUGCCACAGUGGGCUUUAAAGAAGCCAAUGCAAAAGUGUACCUCCCCACUGUACCCAUUAUUGCCCGAAUCCUGGAGGUGGAGAGGUUCACCACUGCACAGGACCGCUUCAAUGCGUCACACCAAAGGAGUGUCAACAAGUCUCUGCCAGCAGUUUUUAAGAUUGAGCUGAAACAUGGGGAAUUUACCUGGGUGGUUAAGAGGAAGGAGAAGCAUUUCAUGGAGCUGCACAGAGAGCUGAGGACGUACAAAACCUUCAUGAGGAUACCACUGCCAUCACGCAGCCACACAGUGAGGAGAAAGACGGUGAGGAAGAGUGAAGUGAGAGAGAUGCCCUCCCUGCCAAGGGGAGGAGGAGAGGAGCUAGUGCGAGAUGAGCAGGUCUCCAGCAGGAAGAGACAGCUAGAAGACUAUUUGAACAAGCUGCUGAGGAUGGCCAUGUACCGAAAAUAUCACCAUACUAUGGAGUUCAUUGACGUCAGCCAGAUGAGUUUCAUUCAUGACUUAGGGCCCAAAGGACUGGAAGGGAUGAUUUAUAAACGCUCAGGCGGACAUCGUAUCCCUGGAAUGAACUGCUGUGGUCAGAGCCAGGCCUGCUAUCGCUGGUCCAAACGCUGGCUUGUGGUGAAAGACUCAUUCUUGCUGUACAUGAAGCCAGACACGGGAGCCAUCUCCUUCGUCUUGCUGGUGGAUAAAGAGUUCACCAUCAAGAUGGACUCCAAAGACACGGAGACCAAACACGGAGUCCGGAUUGAUAGCCUCUCCAGGACCCUCGUGUUUAAGUGCAGCAGUUACAGACACGCACGCUGGUGGGGUCAGAGCAUUGAAAGCUUCGUGAGGAAUCAUGGGAAGGCUUUCCUCCGAGAUCACCGCUUUGGAUCUUUUGCACAAGAACAGGAAAACAUCCCUGCCAAAUGGUAUGUGAAUGGAAAGACCUACAUGGAGGAUGUGGCCGAUGCUUUGGAGGAGGCUAAAGAGGAAAUCUUCAUCACUGACUGGUGGCUGAGUCCAGAGAUCUUCCUUAAAAGACCUGUUGUAGAAGGAAACAGGUGGAGGCUUGACUGCAUCCUCAAGCGCAAAGCACAACAGGGAGUCCGAAUUUUUGUAAUGUUGUAUAAAGAGGUGGAGCUCGCUCUGGGCAUCAACUCAGGCUACAGCAAAAGAACCCUUUUGCACCUGAACCCGAACAUUAAGGUGAUGCGUCAUCCGGAUCACGUCUCCUCCUCUGUCUAUCUGUGGGCACAUCAUGAGAAGAUCGUAGUUAUUGACCAAUCAGUGGCCUUUGUGGGCGGUAUUGACCUGGCGUACGGGCGCUGGGACGACAGAGAGCAUCGGCUGACGGAUGUGGGAAGUGUGACACGUUCAGAUGAGAGCAGACUGAGAAAAACUGGCUCCACCAACACUCCAUCCAGUAAGGGCUUGUCCUCUGUUGAUGGCGUCUCUCAGAGCAAUGGACGAGGGACACCGCCCAGUGAUCCAGCGGAUUUACCUAAGCUGAAGGGAAUCGGUCGCAACAGGAUGGCUCGCUUCAGUCUGCGCACACUGAGGCACAAACACACUCUGCAGCAUGUGGACAGUGUCAGCAGUGUUGAUAGCGCAGGGAGCGGUUCGGUACGAAGCCUGAAGACAGGUGUGGGAGAAUUACAAGGAAACACUCGCUUUUGGCAUGGAAAGGACUACUGCAACUUUGUGUACAAGGACUGGAUCCAGCUGGAGAAACCUUUUGAUGACUUCAUCGACAGGUACACCACUUCCAGAAUGCCCUGGCAUGACAUUGCCUCAGUGGUUCAUGGUAGAGCUGCCCGGGAUGUGGCAAGACACUUUAUUCAGCGUUGGAACUUCACUAAGAUCAUGAAGCCAAAGUAUCGCUCCCUGUCUUAUCCAUUCCUGCUGCCUAAAUCUCACUCCACUACCAAUGAGCUCAGAUACCAAGUUCCUGAAUGUGUUAAUGCUAAAGUUCAGGUGUUACGGUCAUCUGCAGACUGGUCGGCAGGCAUAAAAUACCACGAGGAGUCCAUCCACAAUGCCUACAUCCAAGUCAUCGCCAAGAGCAAGCACUACAUCUACAUAGAGAAUCAGUUUUUCAUUAGUUGUGCUGACAACAGGACGGUCUACAACAAGAUUGGAGACGCCAUCAUUGAAAGGAUCAUCAGGGCAGACAAAGAGCGUAAGAAAUACCGUGUGUAUGUGGUCACCCCACUGCUGCCUGGGUUUGAGGGAGACAUCACCACUGGUGGAGGGAAUGCCAUCCAGGCUGUCAUGCACUUUAACUACAGAACCAUGAUCAGAGGAGAGUACUCUAUCAUCUCCCAGUUGAAAAAGGAGAUGGGCGAUCAGUGGAUGAACUACAUCUCCUUUGCUGGACUUCGGACUCAUGCUGAGCUAGCGGGACGCCUCGUCACAGAGCUCAUCUACGUCCACAGCAAGAUGCUCAUCGCUGACGACAAUACAGUCAUCAUUGGCUCUGCGAACAUCAAUGACAGAAGUAUGCUGGGUAAACGUGACAGCGAGGUGGCAGUGAUCGUUGAAGACUCCGAAAAGGUUCCCUCAGUAAUGGAUGGAGAGGAGUAUGAAGCUGGGCAUUACGCUCUUCAACUGCGCCUCGAAUGCUUCAGAACUAUUCUUGGAGGACACUCUGACACCAGCAUUGACCUUUCUGACCCCAUCAGUGACCGUUUCUACAAGGAGGUGUGGAUGACAACAGCUGGCCGCAACGCCACCAUUUACGAGAAGGUGUUUCGCUGCCUUCCUUCAUCCCUUGUUAGAAAUAUGUCGGAGUUGGAGCAGUACCAGUCCAAGCCAGGUUUGGCCCAGACUGAUCUUGCCCGAGCUCAGGAGGAGCUGCGCAAAAUCCGUGGCUUCCUAGUGCAAUUUCCUCUGGACUUCCUGUCUGAGCAAAAUCUCAUGCCCUCUGUUGGGACAAAGGAAGCCAUGGUUCCAACUGAGAUCUGGACAUGAAGGGUUUCAGCCCAUUACUCACAAAAUGAAAUGGACUGUUCCUUGAGAAGGCCUCUUGUGGGAAGCCUCUGGGUGGUUUUUUACAGUUUAAUGAUGAUAAAUGUUCAGUACUGGAGUUGCAAGAGAUCACUUCUGAAUAAUAGAUUUCUGAGAUGAAAGUCAGAUUAAAACUUUCUCUUUUUGCUUGAUACGAUUGCUGAGCAAUGACAAAUCUCUGAGAUCUAUUGCUACUGGAAAACACUAGACAGUAGUUAUAGCAUGUUAGUGUUUGGAUGUAUUAUGUGAAGAAGAUGGGCACCUAUGAUAGCAGUGUGACUGCAUUCAAUAUGUGGAAAGACAACAUGAAGACUGGGUUUUGGGAAUCACUUUAUCUUCAAUUCUAGAUGCUUAGACCUUUGAACUGUGCAAAAGGCUCAUAAGAUGGCAGAAGCUUGUAUGGGACCAUGAUGAUGAAGUCUAUAACCAAUUUAUGACACUAACAGAUAUUCAGCUCUGUUUAGAAAUCACAAAAUCUAAACAUUAGAUGGUAAAAUGUGAUUAACUGAGUUCGUUAUGUAUGCCCGUAACAUGCAUUAGUGCCAUGUAUGCUGUUUAUGAGCUCACGGAAGAGUUGUCUGUUAAGUAUGUGCUGCUUUUGAUAAAUUAUUUAAAUUUACAAGCAUGUAAUCUCAGAGGUGUUUUGAAGAUUUUGUUUGUGUAAGAAAUUGAAGUUAUGCUUGGUCUUUACUUUGUUGCCAACUGCACAGAGACAAUGUUACCGUUUCGAGAGCAGUGCACAGUUUACUAACUAUGCUGAAAUCUGAUUGCCGUGAUGCUUGUACCAAUCGCACCUCUGAGAAAAAAAACAAAACUUCAUCACUGACAUUUUAUUUGUUGUUGAAGAUGUUUUGUGACCUGUUAAAAUGAUUCAGUGGCUUUUUAAGACAAUCGGCGUACCCAUUGAGAAGAGAAAUUUCUUCUUUGUUCAGCAGAUGGUGCUAGCUUCCUAAAAAUCAGUUGCAAAAUUAGAAAAUAAGAUCUCCAGGAUCUUUAAGGUCCUCUUGGUGAGUGAAAAUGGAUUUUGAACAUUGUAACAAAAGAAACCCAGCAAAACUACAGCAAUUAUGUUUGUCAUUAAGCAUGCAGAUGAAGCUGGAUGUAAAGCUUUCGUAUGAAGUCAGGCUUUGAAAUUGCUUCGUUCCAGCUUCUGUGUAGUUCCAGAUUGAAAACAGCAUUUCAAAGUCUUUAUUUUUUUGUUUUGUUUUUCUUGUAAUGUAACAGUUCAGAGUAAAAUUACCUUUUAUCGAGAUACUUGCGAUAGGUGAUCCACGAGCAGUUUAUAUAUUUUGUAAAUGUGAAAGUAUGGACUCGUGUUACCCAGUUUGUUUUCAUUUUUAAUAUUUUCCACAUUGUCUUGUUUGAGCAUCACCAUCCCCUAAAUGUGAAGAUAAAAAAACACUUCUUUAGAAACGAAUCGCACAGCCGGUAAUUAUGACACAUUGGAGUCGCAAUGUAUUUUACAAAUCAAGCACAUAAUUACUUUGACCUGGCAUAGAGCUCCAGUUUUGUCAUGAAAAGGCAGAACCCUUUGUCUACCCAAUGUGUGAAUCAUUGCCAUUUAUGUAAGAGAAAAUGACUGGGACCACAAAAUUGGCAGAUGUAAAAUAAAGUGCUUAAAACACUUUUACUUUUUUAACUGUUUUGAAUUUGACAUUAUCGUCUGCCCUGUUUAUUAUUUAUGGAUUUUAAAGAAUCGAGCAUUCUUUAAGAUUUAUUUUUAAAUGUAUGUCACGUUCACACUGAUGAUUUUGGACUUUUUUCUUUUUCAUACCCACCUUGAAGCUGUUGUUUCUGUAAACUCUCUGGACCUCUUGCCUUCAUUCAGUUUAUGCACAAUAACCUUUUUGUACAGUUAAAGAUUUCCGAUAUCUAUUUGUUCAUUUGAAACUAUGUAAUUAAAAUGACUAACAAAUA